AUGGGUUUUAUCCUCACUCUAAAUGAGAGUGUGAAGGGGAAGAAGCUGACCUGUGACUAUCGAGUGUCAGAGGCAAUCGAGAAAUUAAUGGCCUUGCUGGAGACAUUGGAUCACUGGAUUGACGAGACGCCCCCUGUGGACCAACCUUCGCGUUUCGGGAACAAAGCAUUUCGGACUUGGUAUGCAAAGCUGGAUCAGGAAGCCGAGAAUCUCGUUUCCACGGUGAUCCCUUCUCAGCUAAGCGCGGCAGUGCCGGAGGUGGCUGUGUAUUUAAAGGAGUCUGUGGGAAACUCCACCCGGAUUGACUAUGGCACAGGGCAUGAAGCUGCAUUUGCCGCCUUCCUGUUCUGUUUGUGUAAAAUCGGCGUUCUUCAGGGGGAUGAUCAGCUUGCCAUCGUCUUCAAAGUCUUCAAUCGUUACCUUGAAGUUAUGCGAAAGCUGCAGAAAACCUAUAGAAUGGAGCCUGCUGGCAGCCAAGGGGUCUGGGGCCUUGAUGACUUUCAGUUUCUUCCUUUUAUAUGGGGCAGCGCUCAGCUUGUAGACCAUUCUACGCUGGAGCCCAGGCAUUUUGUGGAUGAGAGGGUGGUGAAUGAGAAUCACAAGGAUUAUAUGUUCCUGGAAUGCAUCCAGUUUAUAACACAGGUGAGGCUGAUUUCUUUCCAAUAA